UGUAAUUUUACUAGUUUUAGAAUUAUCAAACAAUUAAUUAAACUACUUAUGUUUGAAGUCUGAACCGUAAACCACUAACGGAUUCCGUUCCUCUGAACAUUCCCGGUAUUUUGUUAUCAUUAUCACAAUGAGCGCCAAACUCAAUCUCUGCAGCUGGACUUAUGAAUAUUUGUGACAGAUGUUUUGAACGUUUUGUAGUUCUGUCUCAUUUCAUUUGAAUUUGAAUUUACUCAUCGUCCUACUCAUUUUCCCUAAACUGUCUCUUCUCGGUUCUCGUUUAUUUUGAAGUUGAUAAUUUACCGAAUUUAAAAACUAUUUACCCUUGGUGAAUGUUUUUUUGUAUAAAUAAGUUAUAGUUUACUGAACCUUCAAUCAGUUUAUUUUUGUUACAUAAUUGUGAACUCAGUAGGUAUUGUCUAAAGUAAUAAGUAUGAGUGCAUUGAUUAAUCGUCGUAAGCGGAUUCGAUUAAAUUCAGGUGCACCCAAUGAAGAUGAUGCUUCUCCCAAUGUAACGGAUAGCGCUCCUGACAAUAAUGUAUCUGAGGAUAAUGCAACACCAAUGAAAGAGGAGAUUGAUUUUGAAUUGGACUCUGAACAAGAUGAUCCCACGGGUUUGGAAGGAGCAGCAUUUCAUAGUCGUCUACCAUUUGAUAAGAUGACUUCAAAUGAAGCCUACUGUUUUUCAGAUGUGGCUCACGGACCAACACAAACUCAAAAAGUUUUUUUACACAUUCGCAAUCGAUUGUUACAACAAUGGUUGGAUAAUCCAAAACAACAAUUACUUUUUGAAUCUGCUCUGCCAUUAAUUGAACCACCGUUUAAUACUGAUAAAGCUCUUAUUCAACGUAUUUAUGCAUACUUGGAGCGUCAUGGAUUCAUAAACUUUGGAGUAUUUAAGAGAUUAAAACCUCUGCCUGUAAAAAAAGUAGGAAAAGCUAUUGUGAUUGGAGCUGGUAUUGCGGGACUAGCUGCUGCUCAACAAAUGCAACAGUUUGGCAUGGAAGUUAUCGUUUUAGAAGCAAGGGAUCGAGUUGGUGGUCGUAUAGCUACUUUUCGUAAGAAUAGUUAUGUUGCUGAUUUGGGUGCAAUGGUAGUUACUGGUCUAGGAGGUAAUCCAGUGACUGUGCUAUCUAAACAAAUCAACAUGGAACUUCAUCGUAUACGCCAAAAAUGUCCACUAUAUGAACCUGGAAAAUUAAAUGCAUUGGUAUCUACUCAAGUUCCUAAAGAGAAAGAUGAAAUGGUUGAGAGAGAAUUUAAUCGUCUUUUGGAAGCUACUAGUUACUUAUCUCAUCAUUUGGAUUUCAAUUAUUGUAAUGGAAAACCUGUUUCACUAGGUCACGCACUGGAAUGGGUUAUAAAACUACAAGAGAAACAUGUUAAAGAAAAAUUGAUUCAGUAUAUGAAGAAUGUUGUAGCUUUACAAGAACAACUGAAAACCAAUUAUAAAAAGUUACUCCAAGUGCAAGAAACUUUAAAAGAUUUAUCUACACAGCAAAAAGAGAAUGCUGAAGAAAAACAUAAUGAUGCAAGUUCAAAUUUUGCGUACCUUUCUGCUACAAGAGAAAUGGCUAUUAAUCUCAAACAAUGGGAUGAACUAAUAGAACAAAAGAAAGAAAUUGAAGAAAAAUUAAAGGAAAUGGAAGCAUCUCCACCAAGUGAUGUAUAUCUAUCAACUAAAGAUCGUCAAAUUCUGGACUGGCAUUUUGCAAAUUUGGAAUUCGCCAAUGCUACUCCACUGAAUAAUCUGUCAUUAAAACAUUGGGACCAAGACGACGACUUUGAAUUUACUGGAAAUCAUCUAACAGUGCGAAAUGGUUACUCGUGUGUACCUGUAGCUAUGGCAGAAGGUCUGGAUAUUAAGUUAAAUACUGCUGUCAAACAAAUCACUUAUGGCCCAAAUGGAGUGGAAGUUACAACUUCUAAUCCUCGAUCAAAUGCAAGCGGGGUUACAUACAAAGCCGACGUCGUGCUCUGCACACUGCCUUUGGGCGUACUGAAGCAAUCCACCAACCCGAAGACUCAGUCGCUGCCGAACACUGUACAAUUCUCGCCACCGUUGCCCGACUGGAAGGUCGCCGCCAUCGAACGUUUGGGUUUUGGUAAUCUCAACAAGGUGGUGCUGUGCUUCGACCGCAUUUUCUGGGAUCCCAACGGUAACCUGUUUGGUCACAUCGGUAGCACCACAGCCAGUCGCGGCGAACUGUUCCUGUUCUGGAACCUGUACCGCGCGCCCGUGCUCUUGGCCUUGGUCGCUGGCGAGGCGGCCAGCGUCAUGGAAGACGUAUCGGACGAAGUCAUUAUUUCCAGGUGCAUGUUGGUGUUGAGAGGGAUAUUCGGGACAGCUAACGUUCCAGACCCGAAGGAAACUGUCGUUUCUCGCUGGAGAGCCGAUCCAUGGGCACGGGGAUCUUACUCGUUCGUGGCAGUAGGUGCCUCCGGCUCCGAUUACGACUUGCUAGCAGCUCCCGUUUCGUGUAACAGAAGCACGGAACCCAAUACGACUUCAAACCCGACGGACGGAAGCGAACGACUCUAUUUUGCAGGUGAACAUACCAUACGUAAUUAUCCUGCAACGGUCCAUGGGGCUUUUCUCAGCGGUCUUCGUGAGGGCGGAAAGAUCAGCGACAAGUUUUUGGGAUGUCCAUACGCAGCGCCUGCAUCAAAAUAAUUUCAAUUUGGAGCCAUUUUUUACGUAUCAUUUUUUUUUUUUAUAAUAAACUAACAAUUUAUGAAUUUUUUUUUUUUUGAACACUAAUUUUAAUGUCAUACUUUUAUAUUAAUACGUAUUGUAUUCGACAAUCAUAUGAAUAAUGCGCCCUUUUUUUUGAUUCUAAUAAUAAUUUUAGCACUUCAAUUUUAUUUUAUUACUUAGCUAUAAGAUAAUGCAUACAAAGGUUAUUAUUCCAAGGUCUUUAAAUUAUAUUUAAAUAUUUCUAACAACUAAUUUUAUUACUAAUCAUAAUAUUAAUAAUUAUUCCAUUACGUUUAAAUUCAAUUAAUAUUUAUUUAUUUAUUUUUGAAGAAGAGCUUUUUAUAACCAAUUAAUAUAGCAUUGUAUAUGUAUUUUACUCAAUAUUUAAUCAUUUUAUCGAGCAUCAAUCAUUUUUUAUCGUAAGAAUUAGGUCUUAAUUUUUUCAACGGUUAACGUUUUAUUUGAUUAAAUAUGUCAAAUUCUGUUUGAGAUGGAAACAAUUAUAGACGAUUUGCCAUAAUAUUGCCAUAAUACAAUAUUAUUAUAUAGAAUGUAAGUUCAUAAUUAAAACAAUUUUUUUUUUCAUAAUUAAUUGUCAUACAUACAUGAUUUGCUAAAUUAUAUGUACUUAUAGCACCACUUUAUUAUUUAAAUAUUAGUUUUAUAGAUACACUUUUUGUCAAUUUUUUUUUUCUAACAUUUCUUUGUAAUUUUUGAAACAAAUAAAGCAUACUGCCUUAUCUUAAUAA